AUGCGGAAAGUCAAGGCUGUAAACGAGAUCAACAGGAAUAACGUCUGCUAUCUUGCUCAAACACUUCAUCACGGAAUCCAAGUGCCAUACAUGUCAGCUCCUAUCAUUCUUUGGAACCCAACACCUAUCAGGGAGUCGGAUGAUGCGGGAAAUAACAUCAUCAAAACCACUUUAGCACCUCCUACCAAGUCAAUCCCACAAUACACCGCGUAUGACCCGGAAAAACCACGGCGAUUCAGACGCGUACCGAGGCUCGCCUCGUUUUGUAUACGAGCACUCAGCAGGUAUCCGGAACAACUGCACCAGCUGGGCUCCACGCGACUUUACUUCGACCGUAAGAAAGGAGGGACAAAUUCCGUCUUACGUGCCGUACUUCCGAAAUGGCGUUCACCUAAUUUUAGCCUCCUGGAUAUCGAUCCACGAUUAUGGGCGACGAUAAUACAGAUAUACAAGGAUCCUCCGGAUGAGCUUGAUUUUUAUCCAUGUCAACUCUCUGACCCUCAUGUGCCGCUCUUGAACCAAAUACCAAUGUCGCCGGACUUCACACUCCUUACUCUUCUUUGCCUGGCAAACAGCAGACAGCUCACCGACGAUAACAUUCUCUCGCUUAAAGUCCUUCAUAACCUUGCGGCUCUUGACGUCUCCAACUGUAUGUCGAUUACAGCACAUGGUAUUCGGUUGCUUUCAAGGACACUUACGUUCAACGAAUUCGGCGAGAAACGCGGCCCUUGGGCUCUACGCGUUUUGCGAAUGCGUGCAUGCUGGACUGUGGACAGUAGUAUAUUUGACUGCCUUCAGAAGUUCCCGUUGCUGACUGCUGUUGACUUGAGUGACACGCGCUGCAGGGCAGAAAAUGUCAAGGAACCGUUCAAGCUCGUCAACAGUGAUUAUGACAGUGUCUUCUGCUACCAUUUGGCAGACGCGAUAUGUGAUCUUUUGGAAAAUCACGAAAAUAUGUUCCCGAACGAAACGCCGUACAUACUGUCACUACAAGACGAACCACUAUCAUCAGUGGUGAAGCGAAGCGAUCAGUCGUCUUCCCGCCCUGGCAUGACUCUAGUAACAAGUCAACACGAGUCUUAUGUGGUCCUGCCUCCUUUGCGAGACGGAAGUUCCAUAGGGCGCUCAACAAAUGAGUCACUUUAUUUUGGUAAUGUCCGUACAGACGAGUUUCGGGAGAAGGAAGCCCGGAAAAAGGCCUUUGAGGAUAGCUGGAAGAGAAGAACGGAUUCUGAGGAUUUUGACUGGGAGGCUGAGGAUUCUGGCUGGGAGGGCUGCCUUAUCUGCAACGGGGAAGAAGAGUGCUACUGCAACGAUUUAGGUUAUUGUGACGAAAGCAGUGGUUCGGAAGAUGAGGGUUUCGCUUCCCCGUCUCGAGAAUCGGAAGACGAAGACGAAAAUCUUCGUAGGGCAUUGCAGGCAUCGUUGGCGCAAUAUGAAGAGGGGGUAGAAACGAGUGUUCCACUAACAGAAGCUCUACUUGGAUCUCAAGCUCGAGGAGUAGAACGAAGACGUGGGCCAACAGCUGCUGUAUCCGCCAACACAUUUUAUCAACCCCGUCCGCCCAUGCUGCAAACGAGCUUACCGUGGAGCUCCAGAAUAUCGAACCCUUUAACGCUGUUUAGAGUACCUCCUGCAUGGUCUCGGCUAGAUGCGAUAACCCCACAGUCACAAGCCGCAGUAAGCAGAACUGUAUCGGAUAAUAGCAAAGCUCGACCAAAUGAGGCAAAUGCAUCAGUUAAAAGAAAGCGGGAGUUAUCCAUGCAUGCGUUACGGUCCCAGUUGGUGAAGCGCCACAGACCGCUGUCAACACCAAGAAACCAGACCAUUACUCUGAGGCCAUCUCCUCCACCAUCGCCGACUUCUACCCUUUGCAACAUAAAUGAUAGCCCGGAGAGACAAAGGCCGACGUUACGACCCAUUUCUAAUCUUCAACCACCACCACGAUCGGCAUUCGAUCAUGCGCCCCGUCUGAAGUUGGAUCCUACCCUUAAGGCUACGAGGAAUCCUUCCUCUAAGCCUGCAGCACGCUUCUCUGCCGUGGCAGCCCGAGGCACUUCAAAGCCCCGUAACAUGAAUUUACUCGAAGGUUUUGAGAAUCAGACACGAAAACACCCAAGGUCAGCGGCGAUAGGUGCUGCGACAUCAGAGGACUCUGGGGAAACGUCCAAGUUUCAGAAGAAGCCUUUCUCUAAAAGCGACGGUAAAACGAGACCGUCUAGCAAAGGGGAGGAAGCAAAAGGCACUCCUGUAGCAAGACAGAAAGGAUUUGAUUGGAAUACAUGGACAAAGGGCCAAUAG